AUGGCCAAGAAAGAGACAAAAGAGCAGAGAACCGCCGACGGUGGCGACUAUCACAGAGCCGAAGCCGAAGAGUCUCCCUGGAUGAAGCAUGGGAAACUGGCGCUGAUUGCCGGCGGUGUCAUUAUUUUCUUGGUGCUGGUGACAAAGGGUGGUCGAAACAAGGAGUCGGGCUACAGUUAUGCCGAGGAAUGCGUCGAUAACCUCAUGGUGGGCGUCUCUCAAGACUGUGGAAUUGCCAUUUUCGGUUACGACUGCGAUGGUACUUUGGAUUGUCAAGUCGCACACAACAAUAUUUACUGCGCCAAGUGCGGGUGCGACAAUGAACUGAUUGGAGAACUCUUUGAGGACCUGCCGGAAGAGUGCGAGAGCUACUUUGAAUAG